UCGCUAGCGAUCCUCAUCACAGAGGAGAAAUUAGAGAGAGGGAUAAAAGGCGAAGAAGAAGGGGAGAAAGAGAGGAGGGCGGAGGAUGGGAAGGGAGGUGGCAGAGAGCUGCAUCGACGGCGUGAUCAUCGAGAUGGUGUCGGCUUACUGCAAGCGGUUCUACGCCACCAAGCCGGAGCUCGCCGCCCGCCGGAUCGAGGCGAUCGGGUACCAGGUCGGCCACCAGCUCAUCGAGAGGUACACUGUGGAGCGCCCUCGAUUCAGCGAUCAUCUAGAGGCAAUCAAAUUUAUAUGCAAGGAUUUCUGGUCGGAGCUGUUCAAGAAGCAGAUUGAUAACCUGAAGACCAACCACAGAGGAACCUUUGUGCUGCAAGAUAAUAGAUUCCGUUGGCUUACGCGUGUAUCAAUUGAUCCAUCAUUGGAUAUCAGUGAAGCAUCUCAGGACUCUUCAGUUGUGACACCCGAAAACAAAGCUGCUGAGGCCACAAGCAUGCAUCUAUAUUUCCCAUGUGGAAUCAUAAGGGGAGCCCUAUCGAAUUUGGGAAUUCCCUGUGCCGUUUCCGCCGAUAUAUCCAACCUUCCUGCAUGUUCAUUUGUGGUACGGGUAAAAGCUUAGAUAUUGCGUCGAAAGGAAGGAGAUGGGAAGGCUGUUUGUGGUCAUCAAGGAGAUGUUGCUGCUAUAUUUUUCACCGAAAUUGCUGCUCUGCCGUGUGCUUGUGACCGUUCUCUCUACUUUCUUGCUUUUGCCAAUAGGGUAUUCUUUUUUUUGUCGAAUGGUAAGAGUACAAUUUUCUUUGCUGGACAUACUGUGGUUGCAGAAAUUUGUGUCUGGACAUGGCUGUUAAUGUCUAAUGAUGGCACUUUUGGGUUUUAUCA